AUGCGCUUCACCAACUCCUUCUUCACAGCCGUCGCUGCCCUCGCAUCCACCGUCUCAGCCGGAAACAUGGGCGUCGCCAACAUCCUCGCCAUCACAGGUCCAUCCGGCGGGCAGCACACAGAAAAGACGGUCACCGUCCCCUUCGGUCAGCUCACGCACUACGACAUGGCCAUCAGCGAGCUCCGCCUCGAGAGCAUCGCCGUAACACUCCCCGGCGGCGCCAUCGAGCCCAACAUCCAGGACAUUACAUGUCAGAUGUACAAGGACGAGCAUGGGCUGGAUCCUGGAAGUAGGGAGUUUACUAUUGAUCGGCCGGCGCUUUUGAGUACGAAUACUGUUCAGUUUGGGUGGGUUCUGUGCUAUGUCGAGGUUGAGAAAUAG